AUGGCGGCGCUCAGGGGUGGCUGUGGCGCGAAUGUUUCGGACUCGGAGAGCAGCAGCGCGGAGGACUUGGAGCGGUUUCGCGAGGCCGCCUGGGACCCGGCUGGGUGGCGGGCGGCGGUGGUUCCGCCGGAGCCCGGCAGCGGUGGCUUUGGGAAGGACAAGUUAUUAUCAGUUCAGCCCAGUCUCAGACAGAAGGUGAAUGACCAUGACAGAGAUGGCAACGAAUUACAGACCACACCAGAGUUCAGAGCACAUGUUGCAAAGAAACUGGGAGCAAUAUUAGACAGCUACAUCACUGUCUUGGAGGAUUCAUCAGGUCCUGCAUGGAAUUCCACGCAAACAGCUGACUCUGAAGACGAUGGUUUUCGCUUAUUCUCUUCAUCUGUUCCAGGAGAUAGUGGGAAAUCUAAACCUCCGCUCUUAGCCAGGAGGCGACGACCUUCUAGUUCUAGUGAGCUGGACAGUGACCAGGAAUGGCAGAAAUACCAAGAGGCUGCUGUGUCAGCAGCAGAUAUCUUGAAGCAAAGUGCUUUUUCUGUGAUGCCUCCGGAUUCCAGCCAGGCUCACAAACAGGAGUGCAAAGAGGACGACCAAAAGAAGAAAAAGAAAAGAAAGAAGAAAGCUAGAGGAGAGCAUAAUAGUGAACAGAAGACAGCAGGAUGUUGCCAGAUCAGCAACGAGACUCUGUGCUCCGUUGAUGGAGAGUGUAAGAGGCAAGAAGGCAGAUGUACAGAGGACACAACAUUGCCCAGAGUAGUGAAGAAGAAGAAGAAGAAAAAGAUUACCAGAAAAGAAGCGAAUGAUGAUUCCGCUCUAUGAACCACAUAUGGUCAGGAUGGAAGAAGGAUGGUGAAAAGUUAACAAAGGUAGUUCCUGCACGUUGUCCUCUGCUGGAAAUGUGCAGAAACAAUUGGCAAAGCUUCUGUUUUAAGGGAGUCAAAGGAGUAAGAGUUUAAGUGACUGUCCUUGUUGGGGGCAUCCCUUGGGGAACUCCCCUUUUCCAUUCCAUCACAAAACAAUUACUUGCAUUGCUGGUUAUGCAGACCUUGCACUGAAGGAUUUUGUAUUCUGCACAGACUUGGGCGAUACAGGGACAUAUUGAGAGUCACCUCCGCCCUGGUCUGAUCCUUCUGUGUAUCAAGCCCAAAUCCUGUGUCCCAGAGCUAGUAUACAUGUGUGAUAAACUGAUUUUGGUGGAGAUGGUGAUAGAGAAUCAGUUCCUAUUUCACCUCUCCCACCACCUGGUGUCAGAACCAUGGGAGAAACGGCUCCAGGCUGUGAGAGACUGACUUAUCCACAAAUAUCCUGGCAAAUCUUGGGGACCCACCUACCUCUCCUAUAAUCACCAGAAGUACAUUACCGAAACCUGCCAUGUUACUAAUUCCCAUGGAAUAUACACGUCUCCGGGGGUCCUGUGCAGAACUAUGAAAAGAUUGUGCAAUGGUGUCACUUCAUCGUUAUAGGCAGGUGUUUCUUUCAAAACUGACUCCCUCAGUGCUUUAUUUUCACGGUAUUACAUCUGCCAGUGUGCAGUAGAAUUCAAUAACAAUAAAUGCCUCAUAGUCUCAUUUAAUAUAAUGUCUUAUGCACAACUGCCAUCUUCUUCCAUUAGGAUGGGCACAGCUAACAGAGGUAUUGCACAUCAUAUGUGCCUUUAGUUGCACAAUUGUCUGUAGCUAUUUGAUGAUGCUGUAGAACUGCCAGAAAUAGGUGUCUUUGAGCCCAGCAUGGCAGUAACUGCAUUUAAGUCCUUAUUUCAUCAACCAGGUCUAUGUUGUCUCUCUGAGAUGCAGCAGCAGUUUUUGGCAGCUUUCAGUACUGUUUUUAUUUUCCUAAUAUUGGCCUGCAGCUCUGAGAUUUCAGGGAAAGACCUAAUAUUUGGAUGGGUGGAGGAACUUGAGAUGCUAAAGCGAGAAAAUAUUGCUCCUUGUAGGGUCCUGGGAGUCACCUACAUUUUGUGCAAGAACCCCAAUAUUUUUCACAUAAGGAAAUGCCCUGCAGGCAUCUUAACUGCAAAAGUAUUUUGAAAAUCAGCCUGUGAAUUAACCUAAUACACCAACAGAAAUCCCAUGCCUUAUGGCCAUCAUUACAAUUAUAAGUAAUUUUAACUUCUGAAAAUCAUGUGACUUUUAAAACUUUUUCUGGAUUCCUCAUAAAUUUGACUUCACUUAUACAACAGUCUCAAAUGGUUUUCUUUCAGUUUACUGAAAGUUAAAUAUAUUUACAAGAUAACACAGAGUGGAGAGGGGCAUCAGUCCUAGAGACAAAUUCCAUUGAGAUUUUUGGUUACUGAAAUUAGGCUCUAAUAGUUCAUAAUAUCAGAGUCCAGGGAAAAAGUCUUCUGAAUACUGGCACCAAAUUACAUCUAUAUGUUUUAAGUCAUAAGACAUGGUGGCUAUAGGGACACUGUCAACUUAUUUGUAUGGUUUCUUUUAUUCUCCAUUGUUUCUUACCCUUUUAGAGGCUUGAUCAUAUUUUUCCCUCAUUGGGUUUUGUCCCCUUUACAGUGUAAAUUGAUAGCUUCAGCUCCAUUAGAACCCCAGAAAGAAGUUUAUGAUGGCUUCUCCUAUGUUUGUUUGCAGCUCUUCAGUGAUAUGAAAGUACAAGCAACAAGGAAGAAGAGGAAUUACUAGAAGCAUUUAUAACUAGGGACUCAGGACCCAAAGUGUUCAAUUUUACAAAUAGAUCCAUGGAAAUCUGAGGGGUUAUUCACAGAAGUGAGGGCUGUAGCAUCAGCACACAGUGAAGGGCUAAGAAUUAAGGAUGUGGUUACACUAUAUUCAUACUAAAACAAUCCACCUAUAUGGAGAUCUUUACAGAGAAGGUCUGAUACGUGUGAGAGAGACCAAUACACACAAUCCCUGUUAGAAGGGGCAAUGGUGUAACAUGAGGGACAGGGCUUAAAGAGCCUUGUUUCUGAACCAUUAUUUUCAGAUGUAUUCUGUUGAGCCACUUCUUUCUCCCUCCCCAUCCCAAAUGCUGACCACACCGGCUCCGCUGAUCACCCUGUGAGGGGCGUGAGAGACCAAGAAUCAAGCCUGCUGAUGUGGAGAAAUAAACAUUCCUUUCUCCUCAGCUUGAAUUUCUGAAUUUAAAACAAAGUAGAACUAUUGACAAUACUCAGGCCUCUUCCACUAGGCCAGGGCUGUUUUAGGGUAGGUCAUAUUUCUGAACCUAAAUAAAUUGACAGCGUCCCUUUUAAGUUAAAGAAACGGCAAGUUUUUAGUUAGUGGCUCUGUAAUGAGAGGAUAGUUCUUAUGUGAUCCCUGGCUCUGUUUCUCAGGGUCUUUUUAGCUGCAAGGCCAGUAUUUGGGCUCUUGUACUGUCUGCCCCUAGAAAAGUUUCUCUCUCAUUCAGUUUCCAUCAGUCUGUUUGCAGCAGUGGUGGGUGUUUAAGCGGUGCUCCCCUGCCGUUAGCUGCUCAGCUCUACUGACUUGCUGUGGAAUUGGCAGGUUUACAUAUAUGCAGCCCAGCUAAGGUUAAGAAGAAUGAAAAUUCCAGCUAUCCCUUUGCAAUUUUGCCAUAGACCAUUCAGACCCUUAUCCUGGUGGAAGUCCUCAAUUUCUGGUCUCUAUGCUGGCCACUGUUCCCUUUGGCAGUGGAAGCUAGUGGUGUCAGCCCUGUCCUCCUCUGUCAUCCGCUCUGGAUGUGUGCUCAUAGCUUUGUUCUCAAGAAAAACCCCCUCCUGUGUUGUGUUUGGAUGAGGGUGAGGACUUUACGCAAGGCAGUGGAGAGGGGCUGGAGGCCUCCGGACCUCCCUGUGGAAGGCAGCAGUGACAGUGAAUCACAAACACAGAUGGAGGUGCUCCUGAUGGCUCAGUCAUUGCAGUCGCCUGUGAACUGGUCACCAUGGUUACUGAGUGGAGGAUGCCAUCUGUGUGGGGAUGAAGGUCUCAAUAACGCUGCUGUGCAAAGCGGUCAGGGUGCUGACAGGAGGGAGAGGUCCCCCGUGAGCAGAGAUCUGUGCAUGAGGAAGAAAGAAGAGCUGUGAAAAUGCCAUCCACAACAGCUGGAGUAUGAUGACGUCUGCUCCAGAAAGCACCUCCACUCCUUGGCACAGGGCAGAGUACACAAGUAAAGUUAACAUGGCUGACCAGGUCCUGGAACCCAGCCUCAGCCUGGUUAAAGGCACAGCAUACUGUAGUCUGAGCCCCAAUUGUAAGUUUGGAAAGCUUCUGUUGUAAUUACAAAACCCAGUUUUGAUGCAUGUAGCUAUGAAACUGCAAUCCCCUCGUUUUCUGUGUGUUGCAUCUUUAUGUCUCAAGGACCUCUGCGUGCAGAGACAACAGCCAUAGUGUUCCCAGAGUUGCUGCAGCAUGUUGCAAAAGAGAUGCAUGUACACUGUGCUCUUUACUGCUGUUCUUUCAUGUGGUGUUUUCUUUAAACUAAAAUCAAUCAUUUAGACUGAAAAUGUAUUUUUUAUUUUAAGAAUGUUUGUAUUUGUUGUCUCAAACAUACAACAAAAUAAAGAGCAGAUUGGACAACG